AAGCAUAGCUAAACACUCAGAGUCAGCGGAAGACCCUCUGUACCGUUUUCGAAGCGAAUAUCGCUGUCUUUCCACAACCUCCCCGUCCUUCAAAAUGAGGAAACCGUCAAGCCGCCGACCCUCCGAUACCACCGACACCCUCUCGCACCACAAACGGAAAACGCCCCCAAAGUUCCAGCACCUCCCGCACGCUACUGCCAGGAAGUUGAAGCAGCAGUGGGUAGAGAGGAAGAAGCUUCAGAGCAGGUAUUUUGGGAAAGGGAAGGGGCGGAAAGAGGAUCAGGAGGGUGUGGCAGGAGGUGACGAGGAGGAUGGUGGCGAAGAUGGUGGGCGAGCGGUGGGUAACACUACCAGAGGAGGGAUGGAAGAUGACGAGGAAGAGUUUGUCGGAUUCGGAUUGCGAGAAGGGGAUGAUGAGGCUAUGCAUGACUCGCCGACCCAUGGUGAAGUCUCAGAGCCUGAAGAUAUCCAAGAGCGGCCCGACUCCCUCACUAGCUCGCACCAGAGACGUUCUUCCCUCAAGCAAUCAUCACAUUCCACCCCACAAGAACCUCGGAGCUUACCAGCCCGAGUGCCUUCCUCCCGUCCGGCAGGUGCGAAAGGUUACUCAGGGGGAAGUCCGCUAGAAAGGGUCAACAGGAAAGGGAGUGUGAGUCAUAUAGAAGAGAACGGAAAGACUGGGAGAGUAGGCAAGCACCCCACUCUAAGUCGGGAAGAACGACAAAGGAAGGAGAAGGAAGAGCGAGAAGAAACUGCGCGCCGACGGGCAAGGGCGAAAGAGGCGUAUGAUAGAGGGAGCUUGCACACUUAUCGGAGUGAUCCACUCGGGAGGCAGACGGCUGGGAAAGGGCAGAGGAAGGGGGAUAAGGGGAAGGGACAGCCGGAUAUGAGGCUGAGGAUGAACGUGUUGUUGGAGCAGAUUAAGAGGAAUGUUGGAGCUUAG